AUGACGGCUCUUGCUGCUGUACCCGUUAUGAAUAGUAGUCACGAUUCUGGGGCCGAAACGGGGACGGAACACAGCCCAUCCCGAUUUACCGCAGUCAAUGGCAGAGAUCCCGUGGUCGCUGGGAAUGGGAAUGGCAAUGGGCCAGCGCCCAUUCCCAUUUCCAAUGGCGAACGUGCACCGACCCAGGAAAAGUCCAACUUAGAUCCCAAUCAGCAAGAGGACCGGGAUGAUCCUACCAAUGAUCAAAAGUGGUCACAAAGAUCCUCUCCAAGCGGCUCUCACAACAAGAAUAAGAGAAAGAGAUCAGAGUCCCAGGAACGAGAUACCCCGAAUCCCGAAGCUGUGAACGCCUCUAGGAGUCCCAACCGUCCCGAGAGCAAUCAACCCAAUCCGAAUGGCAGCAUACCAGGGUCGGUCUCGGAGAUGGAUCGUGGCAAUCAUUCUGCAACACCGUCUCAUCGGUCUGAUGGCAAUGAUGCGGGCCAGACCUCCGCCAAUAGCCCUUGGUCAGAAUAUGAUUCUCAGCUCAUCACCCAGGCACAACGGGCCCAGCAAAUAGAUGCAUCAGAUGCCCAUCUAGCAGACGCGCUUCAACGCGAGACGGGACAAGAAAGAUCCGUGACAAAUCGCUCGACUCCUGGCACUCAACAGCCAUCCUCUCCUAGUUUUGCGCCAGAUCGAAAUGGUGCAAUGCAGGUGGCUCCAAAGAGGAAGCGGGUAUUUAGUAACCGGACGAAGACAGGCUGUAUGACCUGCCGCCGCAGAAAAAAGAAAUGCGACGAGCAACAUCCAGCAUGCAACAACUGUCUUCGCGGAGGUUUCCUGUGUGAAGGGUAUUCAUCCCGAAGUACCUGGCAAAAGCCGUCUAGUUCAAAAACCCCAAUUCCUUUGCAAUCCAAAGAAGGCUAUUCGGAUAUAAAUGGCCCGUCGACGCGACCAAAAUCAGACCCCCUAGUGGUGGAAGAAAAUGAGCGCCCUGUUCAACAAUACAACACCAGCCCGACACAUACACCAACCAACCAUGCGUGGUCAAAACAGGCUUGGCCAAGUGCCGGCCCGGCAGCCGCGCCCAAUACCACUCAUCCCCCUUAUCCAUCCGAACCCAUGACAAAAGUCGUCGAUUAUCGGGAAGUUCCACCCAUCCACGAGUUAUCGCGGGAAGCACGUCCCAAACCCGACUAUCCGGUGAUUUCUUCACUUCGGGAUCUCGGUCAUCCAUCUCAUCCCAAAUCCAACAUGCCUCUCUUCCAAAAUGGGCCCGAGCAACGAACAUUGCCCGCGGCUUCUGUGGACACCCAUAGUCCCCAGGCGCAAGCUCGGAUGGCACUUAGCAUCGAGCAUCAGCUCUCUGGCCGUACCGUCUCGAGCGACGAGACCGAGAAAGAAAAGAUGAUCAGAGGCAAACUCUACCGACCAUUCGACGUCCACCUCGUAGAGGAAAGAGAUCGUUGCCGAGGCGCACUGUGGAAAUUCAACAAUGCCUGCAAUCCCCUCACCGGCAUCAGUUCUAAAGAGCAAAACCGCCUCCUAAAAGAAGUCAUCGUACCCCCGGCCAGUUCCAUUGUCAACUCACCAUCUGGAACGGGCGCCACUCGCUCUGCCGGAUCCAUCGGCCAAGGCGCGGUCGUCCAGGCCCCCUUUAGUUGCCAUUAUGGUUACAAUAUCCACCUCGGCGAAGAUGUCAUGAUCUCAGAGAACUGCCUCUUUGUCGAUGACUGUGUUAUUCGCAUCGGCGCUCAUACGUGGAUAGGCCCUAACGUCAAAAUCAUUAGUUCAACUGCUCAUCCCAACAUGCAAGAGCGCAAAGGCUCGCAAAGUCGCUACCAAGGUCGUCAGGUCAUCAUCGAAGAAGAUUGUUAUGUCGGCGCCGGCUGCAUCAUCUACCCAGGAGUUCGUCUUGCUCGUGGUGUUUAUGUCGCCCCCGGAGAGAUUGUCAACGCGAACAUUGCAGCUUACAUGUUUCAAGGAUCAAAGCCCAGCUUUGCUAUGUGA